UUACGCCACUUUAGCGGGAGAAUUAGUCUCUGAAGAGUUGUGUAUCAUUGUUUUCUUGUAACGAACUGUAAAGCAGAGGCUUGCUUGACUAAACAGACAGGAUGCGUCGCUCAGGGGCCCCCAGCCAGGUCUUUGGUAACAUGGCGAAGAAGCCCCGGUUCGUCCCUCCUGGAGCCUCCCUGGCUGGUCCUCCUGAUCCCCCUGUCGGUACUCUGCUUGAACCGGAGCCUCUGGCCCCUAAACUCUCCCCGGGGAACGUGCUCUACAAGGUCCAGAGGAGCCUCUCAGCCCCUGCACCGCCCCUUGCCCUGCCUGUGAAGGCCUUCAGCCUGGCUAAGAGCAGCCCCCAAGCCCCAGGCCUGUCCAGAGCUCUAGCCAGGGUGCUAGGUGCAGCAGACAGUAAGAAGAACGAGCUAGAGCCUGAAGACCCUUCCUUUACAGAGGAGAACACUGGAGACCCAGCUGCCGGUUGUGAUACAACACGGGAUAGAACCUCACCAACCUAUGGACCCUGGGACGGGACCCUGGGACUGAACCCCUCCCUCUGCAACUUAACCACAAAGCACUACAGAGGUUGGUGGGGCAACCCAGUGCAUCACUGGGGCCAUGCUCAACAACCAUCCAGGACCUCUAUAUCAGAGGAAGGCCUGAAAGCCAUCCUAACCAUAGACUGUUUACUCUGCUACCGUCUGGCAAACGGUAUUGGAGCACCAGCUCUCAGACCCACAGGCUCAGUUAAAAAGCAGUUAAUUUUUGUCAGUCUGAUUUAGGCCUUAGCCGAUACUCGUUGGUGUAUUUUAAUUAUGACUACAUAUUAAAGUAUUUUUAAUUUGCAAACCCU